UAUUUGUAAAAAAUACAGAGCGUAAGCUUUUAAAACUGCCAGUAAAUAUUAUUGUUCAGUUCGAGCUUGAGCUGGGUUGCUGCUAGUUAGUAGACGGCGGCAGUGCUAUAGGGUGAUUCGGACGUGUCGGUAAUUAGUCUCGGAAUACUUGAUUAGUAUCAGCCAAAGUGUCGUAAAAUUAGCGAUUAUUAUUAAGUUGACGCAUUGACACAUCCACUUACGGAUUUGAUUUUUCCAAGAGCGCAUUUUUAUUUUUUAUAUGCAAUAAUAUAAUUAAUAAAUUGUAUGUGAUUUCUCGGUAGCAAUGAUGCUAAGGGCAAUCGAAUUAUUGUUUUGUCUCUUCGUCGCUGUCUACAUACUGGCCGUAAACACUGUGUUUGUGAGUUAUGGCGUUUGCAACACACCUGUCGGAGUUUCAGGUCAUUGCGUACCGUUGUCCGACUGCCCAAGUUUACUUUAUUUAGUCGAUUUUGUUCUUAAAGACAAUAAUAUACUAAAUCAUUUGCGUAAUAGUUUCUGUGGCUCUGACGUCAAUGCCACAUCAGGAGCGGAUAAGACACGUGUCUGCUGUCCAGAUAAUCCAAAUGCGGAAAAUAACGAUAGGGAAUCGGGUAAAAUGUUACCACCACCAGGCACUUGCGGAAUCACUUUCAGUAUGCGAAUUUUUGGCGGCGUAGAAUCCCAGGUGGAUGAAUAUCCGUGGUCGGCACUGAUAAAGUACCAGAGACCAUACAAUGCCACAGCACUAAACUGUGCCGGCGUGCUCAUCAACCAACGCUACGUGCUCAGCGCCGCGCACUGUCUUAGGAAUCCUAGUAUACCGAUCACAUGGAAGCUCGACAGUGUACGUCUCGGUGAGUGGGAUACCAGAACAGAUCCUGAUUGCUAUGAAACUGCCGACGGCAAUAAAAACUGUUGGCCUCCAUAUGUGGAGGUGAAGAUCGAACGUAUCAUCGUCCAUGAUAAGUAUAUACCACAUUCACAAUCGGAAUUCUAUGACAUUGCACUAAUACGCAUGGCGGACAAUGUUAACUAUUCAGAGACCAUACGACCCAUUUGUCUGCCACUUUCCAACGUAUUACGACAAAUGACAUUUGAAAAUGAAUAUGCCGAUGUGGCUGGUUGGGGCCGCACGGAGGUGAGCUCCUAUAGUGCUGUGAAAAGGACCAUCUCACUGCUAAUUUGGGAUACGGACGUGUGUGCGCAAAAGUUCCAAACCAUACAAACUCCAGUGAAUAAGACACUGCAGUUGUGUGCAGGUGGACAGCCGAUGCAGGACACAUGUCAGGGCGAUUCCGGGGCGCCGCUGACGAUGCGUGGGCGUCUGAUAAAUUCACCACACUUUGUAGUAGGUAUUGUAUCGUUCGGUAUUCAGCCUUGUGGUAUGGCUUCUUGGCCAGGCAUUUACACGCGCGUCACCUACUAUGUAGACUGGAUUUUGAACAAUCUGGAGGAUUAACACUUGUUGGUGCUAUCUGUGAAGACAGCUCGGAGCAUGUGUAUGUGUGUAUAUGGAUGUAUGCAUGUGAUGUUUAUGUGUGCUUGUGUUGUGUACGAGUAUGAACAAUAUAUUAUUGUUUGACGAAAAUAUUGUAUUUAUUUUGCAUUAUACGUCUGUAGCUAAAUAAAAAUAAAUUAAACUAUUUGUGUAAACUUUGUAGUAUGGA